AGAAAAAUAGCAAAUUGGCAAUGGCAAAACGAGGCGUGGGGGAGAGUGAAAAACUUAUUGGGUGUCUCUAUUGAUGAUACUACAGAGCUGUGGAGCAGUUUAACAGGGUGAGAGUGCUCUGAGAGGUGUUAAAACCCUAGUCUUGAUGCUCAGUAACACUGUUGCAGAUUGAUAAUCAGGGCUGUUUUAUUGCCCUGCAUUAGUGAUGGAGGACCCGGUAUGUUUCUGAGAAUGACCUAACCAGGCCCUUUUUAUCAUUUGGCAAAGCUUGUAUUUUGGAGACCUUUGUCACUCCGAGAUGCCCAUUUGUUGGUUUCUAACCUUUUCAAUGCAUAUUAUUAUUUGAUCUUGAAGGGUUGUGAUAUCAUUUUGAAGUGGGCUUCCCUAGCCCAAUCAUAAAAAAAUUGGGCGUAAUGUGUCUUAUUAAUGGUGUAAUAACAUUUGGAAGGAUUGCAAUAUCAUUUUGGCGAGCUGCUGAGCGCCUCGCUUGGCCUGACCAGAAAGAAGUUUGAGGCUUCACAUGAUCUAACCGGUGCUAUGAUGACAUUUUGAAAGGCUGGCUGUAUUAGUUUUUUGAAAGCGUUCUUCAGGGCUUCACAUGGAUGCAACAGCGCAGUUUUGUUUGUGGGAUGUUGUGGGCAAAUCUUCUUGUCAGAUUUUUUAGAGGCUCUGAGACUGUUUAAGUAUUCUCUUCAUUUUAGAGAAAUGCUUCAGUUUUCCCUGUUUGAUGGAUCCUGAGCUGAAUUAGUUUUAUUUUCCAUCUAGUUGACCCUCUUGUGGGGGUAACAUUUGAGGAUUUAAGAUUUCAUUUCCGAGCUGCUCAAUUUGGAGUGAAAGCUUUUGAGCAGCCUAUUGAAGUAUGGCUGUGGAGCGAAAACUGUUGAAGAGCCUCUUGAAGGAUUCUGGUUUUGGGGCUCCCAGUUGAGCUAAAUUAGCCUUAUUUUUCAUCUAUGAUACGAUUUUUUGAGGGGUAUGAGUUUUCAUUUGUUGCCAAGUACACUUUCGGAGUAAAGAGUUGGCAGUCACCUCUUGAAGAGCUGUGAUUUGAGGUUUACUGGAUGAGUUAAGUUUGUUCUAUCUUUCUUUAUUUAAAAUAUUGAGGGAAGUGUACAAAAUUUACAAAGGUUUGUGCUAUUUUUCAUUUUGGUGAUCCUUUAUUUCUGGUUAUAUUUGAGUUUCUGAAAUACCUCUUCCUGGCUAACCACGUCGGAUUAAGAGCUCUUGACAACCCUCUUGAAGGGCAGUGGUGCCCUCGUGAGGGGCAAGUUGAAAUCAUGCAUCUGACAAUAUGGAAGUCUGUUGCCCUCUGCACUGCCUUGCUAUUCAAUAAGGGCAAGAAGAAAGGGAGGUCGCAGGGAGGGACUUCCAACAAGCCAGCUAGCUUGAAGGAGAAGCAGGAAAUGAAACUGAGACAAGCUCUUGAAGAAGCGUCGGAGGAUGGCUUCCUUUCGAAAUCACAGGCUCUUUUGGCCGAUGAUGAAGAAGAGGUCGCUGCUGUAACUCCGGGGACCAAAUCUGGGAUCUUGCAUUCCAGGACCCUAGUUCGUUUGAAGGCUCAGAGAGACUUCUUGACAGCCACUGCACAGGCUGCUGAGAGGUUUUUCGAUAGCGAGGAGAGUAUUCUUGGGCUAGAUGAGGCCUAUGCCAAGUUCAAGAAGAUGUAUCCAAAAUUUGAUAGUACAGAGGAAGUGGAUGAGAUCAGAAGUGAUGAGUAUGGGCAUCUAGAAGAGACUUUGAAGGUCUGCUUGGAUUAUUGUGGAUUUGGGCUCUUUUCCUACCUACAGCAGUUCCAGCAUUGGGAAGGUUCUUCAUUUGGUUUGUCAGCAAUAUCUGCAAACUUGAGCUCACAUGCAUUAAAUGGGCUGCCCGAGGAAGGUACUGCUGAGCUUGAUAUCAGGAAUAGGAUAAUGGAUUAUCUUAGCAUUCCUCAGAGUGAGUACAGCAUGGUAUUCACUGUUAGUAGAGGCUCCGCAUUCAAUCUUCUUGCAGAAGCCUAUCCAUUUCAUCAGAAUAGGAGGCUGCUAACUAUGUAUGACUAUGAAAGUGAAUCAAUUAACUGGAUGGCACAAACUGCAAGGGAGAAGGGUGCCAAAGUACACAGUGCUUGGUUUAAGUGGCCAACACUCAGGCUAUGUAGCUCUGAGCUUAGGAAACAACUUCAGCAUAAGAAAAGAAGAAAAAAAGACUCCGCGCUAGGUCUUUUUGUUUUUCCUGUCCAGUCCAGGGUGACUGGAGCCAAGUAUUCUUACCAGUGGAUGUCUCUUGCACAGCAGAACAGGUGGCAUGUAUUGCUGGAUGCAGGUGCUUUGGGUCCUAAAGACAUGGAUUCCCUUGGAUUAUCACUCUUUAGGCCUGAUUUUAUCAUAACAUCUUUUUACAAGGUGUUUGGAUCAGAUCCAACAGGUUUUGGAUGCCUUUUUAUUAAAAACUCUGUUCUGGGCUGUCUCCAAAAUAAAGGAAAUACAGGAACUGGAAUGGUAAGGAUUAUUCCUGUUUCUCCUCAAUACUUGAGUGAUUCUGGAGAACGACAUGAUGGCACAGUGCGGGAGAUUGAUGGAACUAAGGAAAUUGGAGAAGAGGAUGAUGGUUAUGGCUCCGAGUUCCCUAUCGGACCUCAUCUUCCGGCAUUCUCUGGUGCAUUCUCAUCAGCCCAAGUAAGGGAUGUAUUCGAAAGUGAAAUGGAAUAUGAGAACAAUUCUGACAGGGAUGGAGCUAGUACAAUUUGUGAGGAGAUUGAUAAUCUCUCAGUAGAUGAGAUAAUGAAAAGUCCCAUUUUUAGUGAAGAAGAAAAUGAGGAUUUGAUGUGCAUAGACUUGGGUGAAAGUCCAGGUGGCCUAAAUACUUCAAAGAAUUUCAGAAAGAGUCCUCCUAGCAAUCUGGGUUUGCGCCAGCUCCACAAUGGGUUUUCUCAAAGAACCAAACAUAAAAAAUCAUCUACUGAAACUAUAUCCAAGUCUUCAACGGAAGGUUAUGGAAAUGGUCCUAUUUAUGAUGAAGAAAAGAAGAGUUUGGGUGUGAACAAUGAAAUAGUGUCAUUUGAUGCAGCAGUAUCAUCUGUAUCACAAGAUAUUACUCAGACUAAGUUGGUUUCUGAUGCACAAACUUCUUGUUUAAAAGGAAAUACCGAGCCAUUGCAGGAUGAUAUUAAGAAAUCAACACCCAAAAAGUCUAGAGAACUUGAUACAAGAGAAUCUGUUUACAAUGGCCAAGGAAAAUCACAGGCAGACCGAGAGCCCAGUAAGCCAAAUGGUAACAGUUUCUCACAUGGAUCAAGUCAAGGAGAUAACCUUCUCUCAAAAGAUGAGAUGGGGAUUUCUAGAAGAGUGGAUUCACAGAGAUUCCCAAAGCAGACACGGAUAACUUUCAACUUAGAUGGUGAAGGCUCCGUUUCUGCAGGUUACAAAAUAGAUGAUAACAGAGACAAAGGUGGAAGUCAUACUUCAGGACAAGGUAUGGGCAUUGCAGGGGAAGUUGUUCAGUCUGUCUCUUCUGAAAUAAGUAGUUGUGACAAAGAUGAUAAGCACUUCAUGGAGCGUCCAAUCCAUGCAAAACAAAAUAUUGUAAAUGCCACAACUAGCCUAGCAAAUGGUCCAAGAGAGCCUGGAAAGGUUUGUUUUUCAGUUGGAAGCAAGCAAAAUCCAGCAGAGAAUGGAUGCACAACGAAGGAAAGUUGUAUAAGACGAGAAACAGAGGGGGCUUUCAGGCUUCUAGGUAGGAGGGAGGAAGAAAAAUUUUCAAGUUGUAGGUUUCCAGGUCUGGAGGAAGAUAGAUUUAGCAGCAGCAGAAGAAUGCCUUAUAGCUUAGAAGAACAUGGGGAUUAUUUUGAACAGAGUGGGGAGGAAUCUGAAGCUACAUUUUAUCAAGAGGAUGGAAUUCUUCCUGCUGCAGAAGAAGACGAUGAAGAUCAGUGGAACAGGAGGGAGCCUCAGAUCUUUUGUAGACAUCUUGAUCAUGUAGAUGCGUUGGGCCUUAACAAAACAACUUUAAGGCUCAGAUACCUCAUUAAUUGGCUUGUUACUUCUUUGCUACAGUUUCGGCAUCCUAGUCCAGAUGGGGGAAUUCCUCUUGUGCAUAUAUAUGGGCCAAAGAUCAGAUAUGAUAGGGGAGCAGCAGUGGCUUUCAAUCUGUAUGACCACAGUGGAACACUGGUGAAUCCAGAACUUGUGCAGAAGCUUGCAGAGGCAGAUAGGAUCUCCCUUGGUUUAGGUUUUCUUAGUCAUCUUCGGUUGAUGGAUAAUUAUGCUGAACUACAAGAAGCCUUAGAUGCAAAUAAUACUUCUUUCUGCAAGCCAAUGGCUAAUGGCCGCUACGAAGGAAAGAAUGUGACAAUUCGGGUUGAAGUUGUAACUGCAUCCCUUGGCUUUUUAACCAACUUUGAAGAUGUGUACAGGUUGUGGGCAUUUGUGGCAAAAUUCCUGAAUGCAAAUUUUGCCAAAGGAGAUGGAUCUCAGUCAGCUUCUCAUUCUGAACAUAAGCAGUGAGAGUAUACUAUCUUGAGCAGUUUAGCAGAAACCCUGUGGCCAUUACUCUCAGGACUUGCUAACCAUUGCCCUCUUUCUGGUUACUAGGGACAGGUUCACUCCCAGAUUUUUUUAUAAUUUUUUGGUGCCUGAAAAGGAUGGUGAUAUCCUAUUGUUCUGGCUAGUAAUUGUCUGCCGAGAAAGUCUGUAACAUAUGAGAUUUAAUUUUUGCUUGUUCAAAAAUGUUCUGUUACUAAUCCCUUGUCAAAUGGUUUUUUUGCAAAUGCCUAUGUUUGAUUACAAAAGUAGAGGUAGAGAUUGUAUCUUUUGCCUCUGGUAAGGUUGGUUGAGGGAAUCUACAUCAUAUUUUGAAGAAUCCAGCUAUUCUCGGUAAUUGUCUUGAGUUCGUUUGUCUCUACUUCAAUACAUUCUUUGACCUUUCAAACCUUUCCAGUGUAACAAAUGUUGAGUCUUUGUAUCAUCGGGAGUGUGCAAUUUUUGAAGUUGAUGUUUAAUUUUCAAAGCUGUUGUCUGGAAGACCAUGAUGUGUGGGAGUUUGAAGUUGCAUCGAGAUAUGAUUCUUUCUCCUCCUUGUACAUUACUUGGCUUGCCACUAGUAGUGUGUGCAAUGGAUUAAAGGUGGGAAAUCUGAGUAGAGCAGCCAAGUUUUCAACAUGCAUAGACCUGUAUACAUUUUUCCAGGAAACUGUAUAGAAACUUGCAAAUACCCUCAGUAUAACCAUAAUGUAAAGAUAAGGGGUAAAGUCUGAUCCUAUGUAGGCAAUGUGUAUGAUCUUUGAUAUUUACAAUUGUAAUGGCAUACCUUAAUGAUUGUAAUUGAAGGAGAUGAUUUUAGAGAAA